AUGGGGGACCCGGGCAGGGGCGACGGCUCGUUUCCUUCCCUGAAGGCGAGCGCGGCGUCAGCCGCAGCUCCGUCCGCGGGAGGAAACUCGGCCGGUUCGCACGUUGGACCUGGGGGCACGUCUUCGGCGACUUCGGGAGGCGCCUCCGCGGGCGGGGUUCCCUCCACGUCGCCGACCGGUAGCAACAGCGGCGUCGUGAACGCUGAACUCCAGAGUAGCAGCAACCAAGGUGGAGGCGGCGCAGAGGAAGGAGGGAACUGUGGAGGCGGAAAACCCGCAGGCGCAGCGGGCUCCGCGACCACCGGCGGUAGCUCUCCAGCGGGACUCGCGGCGGGCGACGGCGAUGGGGCGGCCGCGGCGCUACGGGGCCUCUCUUCGCAGCCUGCGGAAAACUCCGAGGCUGGAGGGGGGGCGAAGGGCGCUGGGCAAGGUGCCAACGGAGGAGCGGGAGCGGCUUCACUGUCUCAGGCUCAGCAGCUGGCGCAGGGCAACAAGCCAGCGCAGGACUUCGAGGCCGAAGUUAACAGCUGCUUCCAAAAGAUGUACUCAGGGAUUUACUCGGUGGACAUGGUGGUGGCGCUGCUGCAGCGGCUGUCUCAGGCGCCGCCGGGGUCGCGCGACAGCGGGUUGUUUGUUUCGAUGAUUCGCACGCUCUUUUUUGAAUGCCGGCACUUCCCCAAGUAUCCGCCGCACGAGUUGGCAUUGACGGCUGAGUUGUUCGGCCAGCUGAUUCAUCACCACGUCCUAAUCAACAGCGGCAACUCAAUUCUGAUUGCUCUGCGUUGCGUGCUGGAGGCCAUCCGCAAGGGGCCGAGUUCGAAGAUGUUUGUCUUCGGCAUCGCCGCUCUCGAGCAGUUUCUUGACCGUAUCUUUCUUUUUCCUCAAUUCCUCGUCGCUCUCGCCUCUCUCACUGAACUCCAAGAACAACACCCGCACUACGCACACUACGCACAGUCCGUCCUCCAUCUGAUUCCUGAGAAAUUCCACUCCCUUGUCGUUUUAGAUCCCAGACUCGCAGCUUCGCUGCCCCCGAUGCCCGAGCCUCCCCCUGUGGUCGGGGUCACGGCCGCGGCCCGGCAGGCGGCCAGCGGAGGGCAGGCGUCGGGCCCUGCAGGCGGCGCGGCGGCGGGAGGAGGGCGGGGGGCGUUUGGAGCGGGCGGCAACACCUCGCUUCCGCACGCACUGUCGCACAGCCCGCCGCCCGCGUCUCUGCUUCAGGGAUCCUCGGCGCUUCCGUCGCCGCCGCUGUCGGGCUCGCCGUCGCCGCAGGGCACCACCGGGGGGGCGAGCGCGUUGGGGGGGUCGAGCGCCGGCGGGGCGAGCGGCCCGAGCAAGGCUUCUCUCGGGGGCCUGGGCGCAGCCUCGGCGGGGAACGCGAUCCUCGCGGGCAGCCACGGCGGCGGCGCGGGCGCCGUGUUGGGCGCAGGGGCCCUGCUGCAGGGCGUAGGCCUGGGUCAGGUGGAGGGCCUGAUGAACGAUCCCGACAUUACGGCGAAGUUGGAGCAGCCGCCGCAGUGGGUGGCGGACCAAGUGAUUGCCGCAUGCAACAGCGUGUGCGAGGGGAACGUUGACGACAAAGUCGAGAGCUUGAAGGACGUGUUGACCGAAGAGCACGCCCCGUGGCUCACGUAUUACAUCGUUAAGAGUCGGGCUGCGAAGGAGCCGAAUCUGCACAGCAUUUUCGUCCUCUUCUUGGAGAAACUGAAGCUGCCGGGGCUGUGGGAAGCGGUUAUCAACAUGACUUACAACUGCAUCCACGUGUUGCUCAAAUACGUCGACGAAGCUAAGGAAUCGAGUUCCUACCGAACUCUGCUGAAAAACUUGGGCCUUUGGCUCGGAUCCAUCACGCUCGCCAGAAACCGCCCGUUGAAGUCGAAGCGGAUGGACCUGAAGCAGCUCUUGUUUGCGGGCUACGAACAGGGGCAUCUGGUUGCGGUGUUGCCUCUUGUGUGUAAAAUCAUGGAGGGCAUCAAAGCCUCGAAGCUCUUCAAGCCCCCGAAUCCGUGGACGACGGCCGUCAUGUCGCUCCUUGCGGAGAUCCACCUGCAGCCCAACAUCCGAACGAACCUGGUCUUCGAGGUCGAGGUCCUCUUCAAGCAUCUUCACCUAAAUGUCAUGGAGUACCAUAAUCGCACAGAGCAUCUGACCAAGCGGUCGCCGCCUCCGGGAUCCGCCGACUUCGUCGUCCGAGCCUCCACGGCCACGGGGGCGACCCCUGCGACUGCGGCGUGCGGGCCUCUCGGGACAGCGGGCCCGGGGAUCCCCCCGGGGGGGACGCCGCAGGGAGCGACCUCUGCGACGGGGACUUCCGGGCGCCCCGGGGCAGGGGUCGGGAGCGGUGGAGUACCAGGCGGCGUUCGCAGCUCGCCUGGCGCACUCGUGGGGCGUCUGCCGGGGGGCAGCCAAGGUCUUUCUCUGAAUACUGCUGCGGCGGCCGCCGCACUGGGUCUUGGCGGGUCAGCGGGUGCCGGAGGCCCAGGGGCCGGCGGAGACCCGUCGUCGUCUCCGCUCGGGGUGCAGCACCAGCGCGGUCUCCAGGGCCUCGGCCCCGGCGGCCUGGGUCAACUGGACGGUGCCUCUGGAGCUCACGGGCGUCUCAUGGAGGCAGCAGCCGCGGUUGCGUCAGCUGCCGCCGCUGCAGCGGGCAUGGGCCGCCCCGGAGGAACCCCACCCCAACCGGGAGGCGGGGCUGGGCCCGCGGUCCCUGGCAUUGGGCUCCAACAAGGCCCCGGAGGACAAGGCGGCGCGGCAGGGCUCGGAAUGCUACAGGGACAAGGCGACGGCCCCGGGGGACCCAGCCCCGACGGCCUCGAGCCUUCUCAUCCCUCGUCGUGGUCUUCAUCGCUUCUCCAAGGCGCGGGCGGCGGCGUGGCGCCUCCUUCGCACCACCCGCACAGGGCUCUGUUGCCGCUUCUCGGGGCUUUGGGGGCCUCGGGAGGGACCGACCAGACCUCAAGCGUCUCGUCGGCGAGCAUCCUGCAGCCGGAUCGUCUGCUGCAAAAUCUGAGCCAAAACGUCAUCAUCUCGCCGUCCAUCGCGCUUCUCAGCAUCCAGCCAAAUCUGCGGCCUCUCGUCCCGCUUGCUGUUGACCGCGCGAUCAGAGAAAUCAUUUCGGCAGUCGUGGAACGCUCAGUGACGAUUUCUUGCGUCACAACUCGGGAGCUGGUAUGCAAGGACUUUUGCAUGGAGAGUGAAGAGUCUCUGGUAAAGCGGGCUGCCCAUCUCAUGGUAGCCUCCCUGGCGGGCUCGCUGGCUCUCGUCACGUGCCGCGAGCCUCUGCGAGUGUCACUCAGCCAGAACUUGCGCCAGCUUCUUCAGCCUGCGGCGGGAAGUGACUGCAACGACCAGGUGCUGAUUGAGCAGGUGGUUCAGAUCGUGUCUGCGGAUAACCUGGAGCUUGGCUGCUCGUUGAUAGAGCAAGCGGUAGUGGAAAAAGUUCUUCGCGACAUUGAGCAGACUAUGCAGCCUGCGCUGGCGAUUCGACGCCAGGCGCGCGAGCGCGGUGUUCCCUUCGUCGACACGAAUUACAUCAAUAGCAGCAGGUGGACGCUUAACCUCCCAGAGCCUCUCAAGCUUCGCCACGUGCUCAACAACCGCCAGCUGCAAGUCUACAAGGACUUCCUCAACUUGGGUCCGCUGAAGAAGCUCCACCAGGAGAGUGCAGCUCACAACAGCAACAUGCCGCCGAUGUCAGGCGGCGCAGGCGGCCCCCACGCGGGCCUCGUGGGGCCAAGCGGAGCCCAUGGCGGACCUUCGUCUCCGGGUCUCCUCCAGGGAGGCGGCGCGGGGUCUGCCCAGAUGGGGAGUCUGGGCCCGAACAGCGCGGGCUCCGUCAUCGGGGGCAAUCCCUCGUCCCUGCCACCGGGGCCCCACAGCCACCCUUUAGGCGGUGGCAUGGCUGGCGGCGCCGCUGCACUGAUGGUCGGUAUGGGGGAGGGCGGCGGGCCCUCUGGAGGAGCUUCGCAGGGUCUCCCUGGGCGAACUAUGGGGCCCAACAGCGGGGCCUCGAGUCUCAUCGGCCGGGAGAGUCUCUUGCAGCAACACCUCGCGCAGCAGCAGGCCCAGGCUUCUCAGCACGCUGCGCGCCUUCUGGGGCAGCAGCAAGGCAACAAGCUGCUCGCCUCCUUCGCCGGUCACGCGCAAGGCGGCGGCGGGGGCGUGCACCCGCAGGGCGGCAGCAACGCCGGAUCGGGUCCGCAGGGCGGCCCCCUGGUGGGCCUGGGCGGCGGCGGCACAGGCAAUCUGAACGCGGGCUUGCUCGCCUCGCACCACGCAGCCGAGGGCGGCGCGAGGGCUGGAACGGGCCCGGCGGGAGGCGCCGCGCCGGCAACUGGCCUCGGGGUCAGAGAGCCGAUUGCGGUGCAGCCGAUGGGCGACGCGCCGCUGUCGACUGUGAUGGCCCGACUCGAGGACUGUCUCGUCCAGCUGCGAGACGUCGUCCGCGACAUCUUCACCUGCCCGCCGAUCGUUCCCACGCCUUCCACCGUUGACUCUUACUCGACUCCAGCGGGAAGCCAAGUGUAUGCACUGCCGGUGCCUCACUGCGCGACGCCAGUUCUGACAGUAUUCGCGUGUCUGCCGUCGAACCACGAAGUUUUUCAGUUGAUUCUCGCAGUUUCGGCGAUCGCUGGCAGCUGCCCGCGCGUCGAGGAGCUCGCGCCCACUCUGGCGCACAAGCUGAUCAAGAGUGUAUUCGAGGGAGCUUCGUUGGCAGCCAACAGGACCAGCCACAACGCGAUCCGAGGCAUCGAUCCCACAGGCCUCUACAUGGAGGUAUUUUUCGCAGUUUUGGCGGCGCUGGGUUGCCAGAGCGACGUGGUGUCUAAGCUGGCGGGCGAGGUGUUGAGCAUUUCGUGCUCGUCGGCGACGAUUCCGCCCAAGAAGAGCAACACAACUGUCGCCGCGGGCCUGGUGCGCUACCGCCUCGUGAGCCUGGCGGCCUUCGACUUGGUCCUUGCGAACCACCUCGACAACGGCCGAAACGUCGCCGUUCUCGAGUUUAUCUUGGCGCUGCUCAAAACGCUUCUGGAUCAGAAAGCUAUCACGCCAGAUGACUUGCCAACUACGUUCAAAAUGCUGACCGAGGCCUCAGCCACGACUCUGCCCGCCAAGCUCGUUCAGUUGAAGGGCUGGCAGCCGCUGCCGCUCGCGGAGGCGCGAACAAAGCUCAUGGAGGCCUUCAGAGAAGACCAGGAGGAAAGAAAGAAUCACCCUCGCGAGCGUGUGACGACUAUGACGGAGUUGAUGGACACGUACUACAGCGCGAAUCCCGUCUGCGUGCGCAGUCUGCCGCGUCUUCCUGCUGUUCCCGCAAAGGAGCGCCAGCUGAUUGCGACGAUCUUCAGCGAGUGGCUGCGCUUCUGCGCAUGCGUCAGUCCCUCGUCACUGGGCGGCGCGGGGGCCGCCGACCGCCUCUCGGGGCUGGCGCAGGGCGCGGGGGGCGUCAGCGGCUUCGGCAGCACCGACAGCGCGUCGCUCCUCCGCGCGACAUUCUUCCAGCGCGUCUCGCACCAGGGUUUGCUGCGCAUGGACGAAGACACAGAUCGCUUUUUCGCGGUCUGCGUCGAAGAAGCCGUGGCGCGGUCGCUCCGCUUCCGCGACGACAAGCCCGAGGCCGCCGGCGAAGGCCCCAGCGCCGGAGGCGAAGGCGCCAACGAGGCCAGCGACGAGGCGGAAGGCCGCAAGACAGAGGAGGGCAGCAAGGCGGAGCAAGAAGGGCGCACGACAGACGGUAAAAAGGGCAACGACGAGCAGGACGCGAAGGCGGAGAAAGCUGUCGACAAGAAGGACGAAGGCCGCUCGGCGGAGAAGGGACGAAGGAGGUUUUCCGGCGCAGCGGAGGACGACGCCGCAAAGGCAGGAAAGGACAAAAAGGCGGCUGCGACCGCGAAGAGUGAGGAGGCGAAGAACAGCGAGGACGGGGCGAAGGAGAGCGAACCUGAGGGUUCCUCGAAUGAAGAGACUGCGGACAAGAGCUCGUGCAGAUCGUCGACUGUCACGUCGUCACCGAUUCUGGAGUACGACGCCUCCACAGUCACCCCGGAGUUCCUCACUGCGAUGCAGACGCCGCCUGAAGACACCGAGCCGCUGCUGGACGUUGCGCCGUUGGACGCUGUCGCCAAGAUGAUUGUGGGCAUGAUGACCCUCGUGGAUCCGGUUCAGAUCUCCCCGGUGAUGAUUCUGCAGAGGGCGUUGGGCAUCAUUUGCCGCCACAUCCACAUGGAGGCGGAGCGUCUCGGUUCGGCGUUCAACCAGCGGCCGUAUUAUCGUCUUCUUCUCGUCAUCCUCCUCGAGAUCACGUCUUCGGCGCCCUCGCAGGGCGGCAAGGCGGGAGCCGGCGGGGCCUUUGGAAGUCCAGGAAGCGCCGGAGGCGCGGGCCUCGGGGCUGGAGGCCCGAACGCCUCUUGCGGCAACAGCAGCGACGGGAAGACGCUCUUGGGCGGAGGAGGGGUCAGCGAGACGCAGCUUCUCCACUCACUUCUCUCCUUCGCGGAGCACCUGGCGCUCCUGAGUCCGACGCGGGUGCCGGCCUUCGCCUUUGCCUGGUUGGGCCUCGUGGGGCACCGCGUUUUUAUGCCGCGCCUCCUCAAGAGCGGCAGAGGCUGGGCGUGCCUGCACCGCCUGCUGCUGCUGCACUUUGAGUUCCUGCAUCCGUUCCUCCGCAACGCCGCGCUGACUGACAGUAUCCGGCUGCUCUACAAGGGUGCUCUCCGCAUUCUGCUCGUCCUUCUCCACGACUUCCCCGAGUUUCUGUGCGACUACCACUUCUCCUUCUGCGACGUGCUGCCGCUGAAUUGCGUGCAACUGCGCAACGUCGUUCUCUCGGCCUUCCCGCGCAACAUGAAGCUGCCCGAUCCGUUCCUUCCGAACCUCAAGGUUGAUCUGCUGGCAGACAUCAAAACAGUGCCUCGCAUUUUGUCGAGUUUCACAGUGACUCUGCUCCAAAAGGGCCUGAAGAAAGAUGUCGACACAUUCUGGCAGACUCGGGACGCGUCACUGCUCCCGCUGAUGCGCUCCAAGCUGCUGCUCGAUCGCGAAGACGCUGUGCGCAUCGGCACCAAGUACGAUGUGCCUCUGCUCAACGCCUUCCUCCUCUACGUGGGCACCGGCGUGCCUGAACGCGUGGGCGGCGGCGCCAGCGGCAGCGACGGCCCCGGGUUGAUCAUGGACGCCAUGCUGGGCAUCGGGGGUCUCGGCGGCGGCGUGGGUGGGGCGUCUGCAGGCGCCCGUCGUCCCGGCGGCGAACUCUCGCCGUCGCUCGACAUCCUUCUGUACAUGUCUAAGGAGCUCGACAUGGAGGGGCGCUACUUGCUCAUGUCGGCCGUCGCUAACCACCUGCGGUACCCCAACGCCCACACGCACUACUUCUCCUGCGUCCUACUCUGGCUCUUUGGCGAAUCGAGGGAAGAACUCAUCCAAGAGCAAAUCACCAGAGUCCUCCUCGAACGCCUCAUCGUCCACCGCCCCCACCCCUGGGGCCUCCUCAUCACAUUCAUCGAACUCAUCAAAAACCCGAGGUUCAGUUUUUGGAAUUGUUCCUUCGUCUCUGCGGCCCCCGAGGUGGAGAAGCUGUUUCAAUCUGUCGCUCACACGUGCCUCGGUCAAAGCGGCGCGCAGCAGUUGCAGCAACAGCGCCGGCGCUAG